GCGUAAAGCUUUGCCACGUCAACAUUUAAGUUUGCUAGACUGACAAGUGCUGUGAACAUAGCAUUUUAUUACCAUCGAGGCACCUCUUCGGCAAUUCACCCGGGGUGGAGGAUAAUGGUCACCACUAGGUCUCAAGAAAAACAAAAUGCACAAACUCCUGUUGGUGCAAGCACAAUUGAAGUGCUCAUAACACCAGCAACCCGAACUAGUCCCAUAACUUCCAGUCCGCUGCCAACCACACGCUCAACGCGUUCCACUCCACGCGGUGGGCAAAGGCGCAGCGUCGCCAACCAAACACAAUGUCUUCCUGGACCAUCGGUAGACUCAUCGAGUGAUCCGACCCCAGGUCCAUCUCUCGAGUCAUAUGGCAGCCCAAAAGUGUCAAAUGCCACCCUUCCGCAACGCUUAAAGGAUUCAUCUCUGUUGAACGCGCACGAACCUCCCACUGAAGGUCUUGAAACUCCAGAGUCAGCCGAUGACCAGUACCUCGAGAAAGACCACGGAGCAACUGUGGGGAGUUCCGAUCCGCAAGUUCGAAGCGAGAAAACCGACGAUCAUGUUGCUCCGGCGCAGAUGACGGUUCAAUCCCACCAAUCCGAGCUUCCUGGGGUACAGCAAGGCAGCCGCAAAAGACGACGAUCAGGCGCAGAUCUUGACGAGGUACCUCAAACCACGGCUAAAGCGCCUACAAUAAGUUUCAGUGGUAGCGGUGUGACUUCACUUCCUGAUACGAACUCGCUUAAUAGGUCAAUAAGCGAGAAUUCGACCGAAAGUACAGGCGUCCCACCAAAUGCAGUGCCGGGAUUGGAAUCAGUACUGGACGCGGGUGAAAUUCAGCUGGCUGUAGAGAAAUGCACGUCAAAUGCAGACCACCAUGGCUCGAUUCAGGACACGGAUGAUGCGGCACGUCCAGCGUCCAGCUUUGCCAUUGGCGCGGCUUCCACCCCAAAAGCACCACAUGCAAAUUUUGUGGCUCAAGCGACAGCCACCCCUCUUGGCAUGUCAUUUGCUUUCCCAGAGGGGAUUGAUGUGGAAGUCGAGUCACAAACUGAAGCAGGAUCGGCAGUUACCUGGACUGGAGCAUCCUACACGACAGCACCCGAAGAACAGAGCUCGGUGCAACAUGUGCAAGCAACAGAAGAAUCUGUGCCGACAUUGAUACGGCGCAAACACAAGAAGUUGUCAUCUCACAGCUCGAAGCAAGAGUCACACUACAAGGUUCCUGUUGAGAGGCCAAAGAUGACGGCACUGCAGCAAUUCCGCAACAAUGUCCUAAAUUCGAGGGAGAGAACGACGCAUUGGGCACCGGGCGGGGCGCGCCGCACCAGGUUUGUAGGUGCAUAAGGCUAUGAGCAGUCAAUUCUCGUGUGGUACACAUACGUACGGGGUAGGAGAAUGUACCCAGCGGGAUCUAGAUUGGGAUGGAGAAGUAAUUUUGUGGGAAUUAAUUCUGCAUACUACUGGAAAUGGACAAUUCGCCCUUCCAUGCGCCUUGUUCGAACCGACCUGGCUCGCGUGGGCAGCUAACGACUCGCUUACAAGUACACCGUACUCCGUACGUACGCAUGCGACAUGCGUGGCUGCCACCGCCCCACUAAUACCAGGCUCAACAGCAAAAUGUCGUCGGUCCUCGUGGUUGCGGGAAUACUCCAUACUGUUGCACUACGGAGUACUUAGACGAGAUGAUAGCGAAUGAUUGACGUGCGGGGCCGG